AUGCAACCAAUCCCAUUAUUUCCAAUUAUCGCAGCUUACUGUAAUGGCCUCCUAGUAAGACUGUGCAAUAUCUACUGUCACUAUCUUAUGGUAUCAUGGACGUGUCUUAUGGUAUCCCAAAUAUCGGCACUCGUAUGGUGUUUUGCUUUAAAACAUCGGACCAUUGGCCUGGUUACAAGUGGAAGAAUAAUCUCAAAUUAUGUUUAUUUUUCUGGCGGAAUUUUUUCAAUUAUAUCUCCAGCGUUAACUUUUUGGGCUUGCUACAAUACUGGAAUUAGUAGAAGCAUCCAAAUGGAAUACGUUGAAAAGAAUUAUCCAGAAUAUUUUCAAAAGUUCAAAAAUUUGCAAAACUUUUCAAUUUACGAAAUCGAUGGAUGGUUUGUGAUUGUGCUCUUUAUCUCUAGUUUUGGAAUGUUCUUUUCUGGCUUCACAUUCACUUUUACCACUAUUGAUAUGCGAAAAAUGUUACGGGGACUGAAAUUGAAGGUUUCUGGAAAAAGUUACAAAAGAUACGAAAUGGCUGUAAGAAGUUUACUGGCGCAGUUUGCGGCAUCCUCGCUAUGCCUUGCUCCUCCAUUUGCACUCAUGUUACUUGCAGUUGGAAAGUUUGAAAAGGGACAGAGUAAGUUUUCAUUUUAA